AUGUUUGAAGAAGCAAUAUCCUUACUUUCAAUUUGGGCUUCCAUGAAUAGUUGGUUAACACCAACUGUGCUAUUCCUUCUCCUCAACCUCAUGAUCGGCACGAUCGCCGUCACUUCCGGCUUCACUUCCCACAAACCCUCCCAUCACCACCACUCCCACCACCUCCACCACCAUCACAACCACCAAUCACCACCGCAUCAACCACCGCAACAAAUUCAACCCCAAUUAUCCCGCUCUUCUUCCGUCCUUCAACGCCUUAAAUCGAUCAAUUUCUACACCUACUACGCCCCGCCACCCACCACCCACUUCCAACAACCACCACCGGCGCCGUCACCGCCGCCACCAUCUCCGCCGCAACAACAACCGGAUCCCACUCCGGAACCCCACCAACCUACCGUCACAACCACUUUCUCCGCCGCCGACCUCGCCGGAGAAGAAGAAGACGAUGAGAGACCCACUUUGGACGAAAUCUACAGCAGAAUCAAGAACGACAACUCAGUUUCUCACUACAAUCGACAAAAUUCCGACACUAAACCUUCCGGCGGUGAAAUCCCAGUAAAAUUAUCGAAGAAGAUGAAGAAAUCUGCCAGUCAUAAAUCUGCUUUCAACCAUUUUCAUGUUGAACCAGAAAACCAUGAAAAUGCUCGUCACACGGCCGUGCCGACUACUGUUAUGGAGGAUUUUGAAGAGGAGAGAGAAAAUGCACCACCCGUGCCGCUGUUUAGGGAGGAGAGAGAAAGAGAAGAUUAUGAUAAUGGUGUUGAUGCAAAAGCAGACGAUUUCAUCAACAGAUUUAAGAAACAGUUGCAAAUGCAGAGGAAUGAUUCGAUUGUUCGAUAUAAAGAAAUGAUUUCUAGAACUUCUGCUCAGUAA